CAGAUGGGCGUGUCCGUGCGUGACUGACGUAAAAACUCAACGCGGAAGUAAGAGGACACGACCUGAGAAGAUUAUUCUCGUGUCACAAAACUGGUCAGGCUCUACGCGGGGGGUUCAAGAUCGUGCAGAGAUGAAUCGAGUGCGGAAUCUGUUCAACAAUUUUAUGAGCAGUGAGCGGUACAGUCGGUUCACACUACAGACGGAGCAGGAUGGAGAGAGGAGGGUCCAGAUGAAGAUCUCGGAAGAUGGGAUAGACGGAGACGCAGAGGGGGGAGUCGGGGGGUCUCCAACGUUUAGACCAGCGCCACGGAGAGAGACCAAGAAGAGCCUCUGCUUCCUGCUCUUAGCCACUCUAGUCAUCUUUCUCAUUGGUUACAUGUUGGCCUUCCUGAUCCACGGUAAAACCAAAGCAGCGCCAAAGUGUGAGUCUGAAGUUGUUGUAUUGACGAAGACGACCUCGACCCUUCUGCCUCAUGAACCACAGUCCCAUCUGACCUGGACUGACAUCACAGACCUCCUGGAGACCAAACUCACCAGCACGGCCUUUGACCAAACCCUGAGGGAAUUUGACGUGCCCUUGCGUACAGCAGGCAGCGAUGGCGACACUCGUCUGGGAAACAAAAUUGUGCAAAAAUUCAAGGAGCUCGAGAUGGAUCCCUGGACUGACACCCACCACGUUCGACUGCAGACUCCAGACAAGGAUAAACCAAACCGGGUCAUUUUCGGAUCAAAUAACUUCAGACCAGGGGGAUUUCUGGCUUACAGCGGCAAUGGAUCGGCUCAGGGGAAGCUGGUCUAUGCCAACUAUGGACGUCCUGAAGAUUUUGCAGUUUUGUCAAAAAACAAAAUCGAUGUCAAAAAUAGUGUGCUCAUAGUUAGAAGUGGGAACAUCAGCUUUGCUCAAAAGGUGGCAAAUGCUGAAGAAAGAGGUGCAGUAGCUGUUCUUAUCUAUCCAGACAGCCAGGACUACAAGUAUGCCUCUACUGAAAUCUAUGGACAUGUGCAUUUGGGUUCGGGGGAUCCCUACACUCCUGGUUUUCCUUCAUUCAACCACACACAGUUUCCUCCCACUAAAUCUGCCGGUCUUCCCAAUAUUCCAGCUCAGUCCAUCAACUCCCAAAUGGCUAAAACCAUUUUACAAUCGAUUGGUGGGCCCAUCCCUGGUGGAGACACUGGUUUUGUUGGUGGUGACACUACUUUGUCCUACGCUCUGGGAGGAGUUGAAAACAUCACAGUUGAAGUGAACAAUGCUCUGGUCUUCAAAGAAAUCCACAAUGUUUUUGGAGUCAUCAAAGGCUUCGUUGACCCUGAUCGUUAUGUGGUCCUGGGAGCACAGAGGGAUGCCUGGGGUCCAGGAUACGCCCGUGCCACCGUAGGGACCGCCACACUGAUCGAGCUCGCCAAGGCUAUACGAGACAUGGUGGAGAAAGAUGAAUUUAGACCUAGAAGAAGCAUUGUAUUCGCUAGCUGGAGCGCUGGGGAGUAUGGCAGUGUUGGUGCUACUGAGUGGCUUGAGGCUUACACCUCUUCACUUGACAAAAGUGUCUUAACCUACAUUAGUUUGGAUGGGAUUGUCCAAGGUAUUGGGAGCUUUCGUGCCUCAGCCAGUCCUCUUCUCCAAAAUAUUCUCGACAGUGCCAUGAAAUCGGUGAAGAGUCCCACUGGUGAAAAAUCUGUGCACGAUAUGAAGUCUACCAACCUGAUGCACCCCAUGUCCAUGGACGACCCAGCUUAUCCUUUCCUGGCCUCCUCUGGAAUCCCCUCAAUCUCCUUCCAAUUCACCUCUCAGCCUACUGAUGAGUACGAGUACUACAAUACACUUCUGGAUAGCAAGGAUCACCUGGACUACGGGACGUCCCAUAAGACCUCCUCCGUUGUUGCUCUAGCUGCGCAGCUCGCCGGUCACAUGGCCCUCAGGCUGGUUCACAGUCACCUGCUCCCCUUUGAAGUCACCGGCUACAAGAGACUCCUCAACAGAAAAGUGUACCAAGUCAACAAUCACGUAUCUGAAGUUGUCAAGUCUGGGCAGCUGCAGGAUGUGAGCACUAAAUGGCUGUUUCGAGCUCAGUCUUCAUUCCAGCGCGCGGCCGACGCCCUCGACAAAGACAUCAGAAACACCGACCUGAGCGACGCCGAGGCCUGCAGACUGCUCAACGACAGGAUCAUGAGGAUCGAACACUCCCUCCUCUCCCCCUACGUCUCCCCUCUUGAAACCCCCUUCCGCCACCUGCUGUUCGGAAAGGGCCCUCACACGCUGGCUGCUAUCGCUGAGAUGACGGACAUGAACCAGCUGCACACUGAGCUCGCGCUGGCCACCUGGAACAUACAGAGUUGUGCAAACGCUAUGGUGGGAGAUCUGUGGGAGAUUGACAAUGAAAUCUAAUGUGAGUGUUUGGGUGUAAGAGUGAACUACUAUGAGCUUACAAGCACUUAAGCACACAGCAAAUAACUUGAAAGAUUACAAGGAAUAAAGACGCGCUCUGUGACUUUUCUGGUGGAGUGUCUGGCACCUGCUUGGCUCCAUUUAGUUGUUAAAGCUGCCCCUGGAAAGUCCCACAGUAUGGCAUUUAUCUUCAUCAGUCUUGCAUUUGUUCAACUACAGGUGUUUUUGAGCAAUGAAAAACAUGGUCACCUCUUCACAGAUCUGACCUAUAACUUGUUUAUCUCUCUAGAAACAAGCAGCCAGGCCAAAAAUAAUAUCGUGGGACAUUCAGGCAAACAAGAAUAUGGAGAGAAGUAGGUGAUGGACCAUCCACCAGAAUCACAAAAUCUUUAAACUACAAAACAAAACUCAAUUUUAUAGUUUAAAUGAUAAGAAUAAAUGAAAGUCUAGUCAAAGCUUUUGCGGGUGAACUCUUGGCAUCCACGCACUGAGGUCCUUUAUAUUUAAGUUGCUUUAUCAGUGGCAGUGUUCACUAUAAAGAUUUGUCUUUUUUGACAUUAUCGGAAGCAGUGCCUUCCAUAAUUAUGACGGUUAUACUGUCUCAUUCUACAGCAGCAUCUGCUACAAACGCCAUAACAACGGGCUGUGUUGGCUGAAAGGAUGGAUUAAUAUUGUGUUGAAUUUCAAUAUGAUUAAAUGGCAGAUACAAACAAAUUCGAACUUACGCAACAGACUACGCAACAUGGUACCAAAAAGCCAAAUAAUUGUUAAUGUCUGCCUGUAAUAAAUAUUUUAAAACGGUUAUUAUAAAAAAAAAAGCACUUGACAAGCUAAAACUAUUGUGAAAAACAACACAAAAAAAAUUUAACAAUAUUUAACAUGAAUGUAUUUAAUAUUUAUGAUGCGAAAAAUGGCUAAAACGUGAUCUAAAUGUUACCAUGCGUUACCAAAUCUCCCUUUACGGCACUCCAGAAUCCACAGAUUGGUUGGUUAACAUGACAACCAUUUUUGUUGCACAGUUUUUUUGGAGCAGUUAAAGUAAUCGGGAGCAGUGCCUUCCAUACUUGAACCAUUAUCGGGGGCAGUGUCUCCCAUAAUGCAAUGCAGUGAUGGUAGUUUUUGUCUACCAGUGUUUGUGUGUGUUUUUUAUUUUUGUUGUGUGUGAAUGUAAAAUUGUGUAUUUAUCGGGAGCAGUGCCUCUCAUAUUUCACUGAAGGGUGGAACAACUUUUCGGGGACAGUGUUUCCCCAGGGUUUUAUACUUGAUAUAUUUAUUUUUUUGGCUUUGUUUUGAUUCAAGCUGUGUGUGUCAUUGCAUAAUAGUUGUCUAAGAGUAUAAUCUUUGAAGCAAGAUUUCAUUAUUUCAAUUUUUGCUACUAUAAGAAGUCGUGCCGCAACGUUCAAAUAACUUUUUAAUAAUUCUGAACUGAAAUAGCCUGACAUGUACCUCAAAUCUUGCUUCACUGAACAAACCUUAGACUUCAAAAAUAUCUGCUUUCUUUUCUUUUUGUUACUUGUGCAAAGCUUGCGUCAUAGGUCAUCCUUUCUGUACCGACCCAUUCUCAAAACACUGGAUUUCAAUACACUGUAGUCAAGAUACUGUAGUUGCCUGCUUCAGUUGCUACAUGAACUUGCAUUGUGCUGAUAGGCUUCAAAUAGGUCAAAAUUCUCCCCUUCCCCAGUUUCAUUUUACUCACUACUGCUUUGCUUACUUAUUCCGGUUUGUUGCUGUUAACUACAUGUUCAUUAUAGACAGACAGGUGACUUGCGUUUGCCUAUAACUGCAAUUUAAUCACCUGUUCGUCAACAUAUUUUAUUUGUCAACAUCUUCUUGAAAUGUUCAUGUUCUAUUCACAUCCUGCUGAAAACGGUAAUAAACACUUUUGCUUCUCA